GUUUUUUUGCGCACCUCUACAGCACUGCUGUCACUAUUAAAAUAAAUUCUAAAAAAACGCAAGUAAUGGACGAAACUUGGUGGCUAGCCCAGCUCAAGGCCCUGGAACCGAAGGGCCAGCGCCUGGAGACGCUGAACAGCAUGUACACCGCGAUCAACAAGUCGGCCCCGUCCAAGCAAAUCGUUCUGCGCGUGCUCGCCGCUCCCGAAUUGUACGAAUGUGCGGAAAUCGGCGGCGCUGCAGAAGCAGAUGCGGCGGCCCCAAAGGAUGGUGUGGUCAGUGUGGCCCUGGAGCUCCUGGACCGCUGCAUGUACUUGAUGGUGCCGGAGACGGACGUCGAGCAGCUGCCACAGCUGCUGAACCGCGGUCUCACGCACACGAAUCCGGCCGUGCGCUCACGGGUGCUGAGCCUGCUAAACCGGGAGCUGGAACGCCAGGUGCGUUCGGGACAAGUUCACCAGCUGCCGAAUAAUGAGCUCCUCUUCCUUGUCCUCGACGAGCUGAAGCAAGCAGAGACGGAGGCCAGCGCCGUGGCCAUUAAAAUCCUUUCGAUUGUGCUGGUUCAGCGCCUGAACGAUGCCGGUGUCCAGGCCAAGCUGGUGGAGUUGCUGCAGCAGAACGAGAUUGUGCGCUGUCGCGCCUACGAACUGGCCGUCAACCUGGCCAAGACCAGUGCCUCCUCGCUGGGAUCCGUUGAGUUUAUGCUGGACGCCGCGCUCAGCGAGCUGGACAACGACGAUGUCCUGCUGCAGGCCAGCGUUAUGGAGAUCCUGGUGCCGCUGGCCGAGCAGAAUCAUGGCCUCUCAUACAUGGAGCGUCGGCAGGUGUUUGAUGUGAUAAGCAAUCGAGUGCAGCGCCUGGAGGAGAAUCCCCUGGACGCCCUGCUCGUGCCUAGCAUUAUGAAGUUCUUUGGCAAAAUUGCCGCCGUGCAGCCGCAAAAGAUCAUCGUUGGCUAUUCGCAUAUGCUGAUUUGCUUGUUCGAGCAGCUGCAGUCGGAGGAUGAGACCAUAUUGCCCACCGCCCUGGACACGCUGCCCAAUUUGGCGGGGACGCCGCAGGGCAAAAUGCUGCUGCAUCUUAACUUCCAGCCGGCCAUGGAGCGAACGCUGAUGAAGUAUGGAGCGUACACCAAAAAGCUAUCGGCGCCGAUUAAAGUGAGGCUCCUGAACUCGCUGGAUGUGAUUUAUGCCAUGGAGACGCCGCCCACCAAGGAAAUUGAUAACGUCCUCAAGGGCUGGUAUGAGUGCUUCGCUGGCGGUCUACAGGCCAAUCACAUCAUGGAUUUGGUCAAUACACCAUUCCCUGACCUCCAGCUAGCCGCCUUGGCCCUGCUAAAGACCCUGUGUAAAUAUCGCUGGGGUGUGGCGGCUCUCCGGAAUACUGGCGGCGCCGUGGAAUUUCUGCUUUCGCGUCAGAAGGAUCUCCACAAGGAUGUCAAGUUCUUGAAGUGGGAAAUCCUAGAGCUGCUGUCCGUUAGCCCGGAGUUUUCGCCCACCGAAACUGUACGCUUCACGGCCUAUGUCAACGAGGGACCAUAUCACAUCCAGGCGGACCUCAAUAUAGCCACCGAGCCGCAGGGCGGUGCGUAGAGGGAGAGCGGGACUAAAGGGGAUGCCAAGCAUUCAAAUCGGGAUUCAAACUAACAUCUGAAUAUGUAUUUAUAAUAUAGAAUUAAAAUAAAAUUUAACUAUUAGAUCACAA